AGGAAACCUCUCCAGAGAUGUGACUGAGGUUCUCAUACUUCAGUUAUUCAGCCAGAUUGGACCAUGCAAAAGCUGUAAAAUGAUAACAGAGCAUACAAGCAAUGACCCUUAUUGCUUUGUGGAAUUUUAUGAACACAGAGAUGCAGCUGCUGCAUUAGCUGCUAUGAAUGGGAGAAAAAUUUUGGGAAAGGAAGUCAAAGUAAACUGGGCAACAACACCAAGUAGCCAGAAAAAAGAUACAUCCAAUCACUUCCAUGUGUUCGUUGGGGAUUUAAGUCCAGAAAUAACAACAGAAGACAUCAAGUCAGCAUUUGCUCCUUUUGGUAAAAUAUCGGAUGCACGGGUAGUUAAAGAUAUGGCAACUGGAAAGUCAAAAGGCUAUGGUUUUGUAUCUUUUUAUAACAAACUGGAUGCAGAAAAUGCUAUUGUACACAUGGGAGGCCAGUGGUUGGGAGGCCGCCAGAUCAGAACUAACUGGGCAACAAGGAAACCACCAGCCCCCAAAAGUACACAAGAAAAUAAUACAAAACAGUUGAGAUUUGAAGAUGUAGUAAAUCAGUCAAGUCCAAAAAAUUGUACUGUGUACUGUGGAGGAAUUGCCUCGGGGCUAACAGAUCAACUUAUGAGACAGACUUUUUCACCUUUUGGACAGAUUAUGGAAAUAAGGGUGUUUCCAGAAAAAGGUUACUCAUUUGUCAGGUUUUCUACCCAUGAAAGUGCAGCACAUGCUAUUGUUUCAGUUAAUGGAACCACAAUUGAAGGACACGUUGUUAAAUGUUAUUGGGGUAAAGAAUCCCCUGAUAUGACUAAAAACUUCCAACAGGUGGAUUACAGUCAAUGGGGACAAUGGAGUCAAGUAUAUGGAAAUCCACAACAGUAUGGGCAAUAUAUGGCUAAUGGGUGGCAAGUACCAUCAUAUGGAAUGUAUGGCCAAGCAUGGAAUCAACAGGGUUUUGGAGUAGACCAAUCUCCAUCUGCUGCCUGGAUGGGUGGAUUUGGUGCUCAACCUGCCCAGGGACAAGGUGCUCCUGUAAUACCUAACCAAGCUGGAUAUGGUAUGGCAAGCUACCAAACGCAGUGAGCUGGGACUCUGUUUAAAAGUGUGUAUUUCAUGAUAGGCUGCAGUUUCCAGUGACAUUCUGAAGACUGGAAUGUAGACAAUGAAAAAAAAAAAAAAGAAAAUAUUUAUUUUAAAAAUGGAAAUGUUUGGAACCUUUAGCACAGCUUUGCUUUGGUGAAGGACACAAAUGUCUUCUAGUUCUGCCUUUUUAAGUUUUUGUUCAUGAUGGAUAUGAACAUGUUUUUCUUUGUGUACAAAAAUGAAAAAUAAAGUCAAUAAAGACAAUUCUGACUACAAAUUUUGAUAUAGUAGGAGAAAUGGCU